AUGACGAAUAUUUUUGAUAUAGUCGUAAUUUUAAGCACGAUUUGCAUGUUAGCAGCAUGUGAGACAGUAUCAUAUAGGGGUUACAAAGUGUACACAGUCCAUCCCUUGACACGUGCUCAGUUGGACAUUCUGAAACGAAUGAACGAUGGAGAGGGGAUGGAUUUUUGGAGUACUCCUCGCCUCGGAAGCAAUUCAUCGGUGAUGGUUAGUCCAAAUGCUGCAGAUUCGUUUACCAUGUCUUUGAAUUUGCAUAAUAUAAGCCACCAGCUGUUGAACGCGGAUGCACAGCAAUUAAUUGACCAAGAGCGAGUCGAUCAGAUGAAGCAUUUUCGCAAGCGGCAAGUCGCGUUCCAUACGGUGGUAAGAUCGUCGAUGUUGGAUCAUAUUUGGACGCUGGAUGAAAUAUACGAUUAUAUGGAUUAUUUGGCGAGAGCGUAUCCGGGUAUAGUGCGGGUCAAAAACUACGGCACAACAUAUGAAGGUCGCCCGAUUAAGGUCAUUACAAUUUCCGCAACCGGAGAGGUGCGCCUAUUUCGACCCGUAGUUCUGGUUGAUGGAGGAGUACAUGCCCGGGAGUGGGCUUCACAUAUGUCGGUUCUGUACUUGAUUUAUCAACUGGUGGAACGGUCGGCUGAGAAUUCGGAUAUGCUGGCCAAUACAGAUUGGGUGAUCAUGCCUGUUGUCAAUCCGGAUGGAUAUGUGUAUACGCACGCGCAAAAUCGGUUGUGGCGGAAAAAUAGAGUUCCGGUAAAUCCGAUUUGUCGAGGCGUAGAUGUGAAUAGGAAUUUUCCCUUCCAGUGGUCGUUUUCCGGUGGGGAAUGCAGCGACGGAUACGCUGGUCCCGCGCCUGCUUCGGAGGCGGAGACGCGUGCCCUCAUGUUGCUGAUGGCAACCUACGCUCGGGCAACCAAGGUGUACCUUUCGGUGCACUCGUGCGGUGAUUUGAUUCUGUAUCCUUACGGAUACAGUUACGUUCAGGCACCAAACGCCGCAGAGCUACACGCCCUUGGCGAACGAGUAGCGCUUGCCGUUUUAGCGAACAACGGACCGCAUUACAGGGUCGGUAGUGCAUCCUAUCUGCUGUACCCUUCUAAUGGUAGCGACGAUUUCAUCUAUGGAAGUCUAGGUGUUCAGUAUGCCUACACGCUGGAGCUAACGUGUGGGAUCGCGGGAGGUGGAUUCAUCGUCAGCAUGCCUGAGAUGAGGAAGAUUGCCAACGAAGCGUUCAUAAUGUUUAAUGUUUAUGGCAUAUUUGCUGGUGAACAAACCGUGGGACCGCGACACAGGGCGUAGUAUAUGGAAGAGCUUUGUAGUAUCUAUAAAUGUCAACCAAACAAUAAAUAUACAG